AUGGAGGGCGGCACGGAUGGCCGUCGGUGGCAGGAGUGGCGCGAGACACCUAUGACCGAAGAAGAGAAGGACAAAACCGUCAAGACGUGGAGAAUCAAGGAGAAUAUCGGGUACGUAAGCAUUCACACAUCCCUCCAAGUGAAGUGUGGCAUUUUUUCGUUGACAACGGACGGACACAGAUACUUCCUAGCCGCCCUGUGGCUGUCCGGCUGUGUGUACUACCUGCUGGCUUUCACCGUGGUCUUCCCGUCAUCCAUCGGGGCCAUCCGUGAGUUCUUCCUAACCGCAUCCUUAGACCUCAUCCGCGCCAACAUCAUCGGCCCCAUAACCAGAAUGAUUCUCCUCAUUGUCGUCAUCAGACUCUCCCUUGGUAAGGUGACAGACCAGGCGAAGUGAACAGCACGGCCAGUCUAUGUCUCAUGUCUCUCUGUCCCUUUUUGCAGCCACGAAUGCGUUCGACGGUGUGCUGUCGGCCUUCCCGGCGCUGUUUGACUUCUCCUACCUGCAGCACCGCACCGCUGCACAUGUGCAGGAGGACGUGCAGCUCUUUGAGGAGUGAGAGAGUGGGGGGCACGCUGCCAUCUAUAUGCAAGAAUGAUCAUCGUGCUGUGUGUGCACAUAUGUGUGUACAGGCGUGAUGUGGGCAUCACAGCGCCCGAGGAUCCGGGUGACGGCGAUGCCUUCGACGGUCUGGGGGAUGUGGCCAUUCCUGAGGCUAACCAGGUCGCCAACAUGUUCAGGCGAUGA